GUUUAUUAGCAUCAGCAGACAGCCCAGCUGCUGCUGAUCAGAGAAGGCAAUGUGUUUAGAUCUAAGAUUUCCAGGCCUUUAUCUUCAGUGGAUAUACACAUGAUGAUUGCUGCUUCAUUGGAUAAAUGGGUGUACAUGGAUGGAUGAAGGCUUUGCACAGCCCUGCUGGUGGCAGGAGGAUGCCAGGGAAUGUGAUACAGAAUGUGCUAGUGGAUUUGCACUAAAAUAAAAUGGCAAUUUAUUCUUGAAUUCAAAAGUAUAACAGGAAGAACUGAAGAUGUCCAAGAAGGGGCGUGGGAAGGCUGAAAAGCCGGAAGCCCUGAUAGCUGCCUUGCAGGCUGCUAAUGAGGAUCUCAGGACUAAACUGACUGACAUACAAAUAGAGCUUCAUCAGGAAAAAUGUAAGGUUAGCAAACUUGAGCGAGAGAAGGUACAGGAGGGAAAGCGUAUACGAGAGCAAGAGCAGCACAAACAUACAGCAAUGGUCACGGACUUGAAAAGCAAGCUGCAUGAGGAUAAAAUGAAGGAACUCCAGUCUGUUCGAGAGACAUUAAUAAAACAGCACGAUCAGGAACUCGCACGCAUGAUUAAAAUUAAAGACCAAGAGAUUCAACGACUUAAGUCACUUGUGAAUGCAUUGCGAGAUGGCAGCAGUGACAAAGUAAGAACAGCACUGUCUAAUGAGGCCCGGGACGAGGCUCGGAAAACAUUUGACUCUGAGCGCCUUAAGCUGUUGCAGGAAAUAAGUGAACUGAAGUCAGCCAAGAAGCAGGUGGAGGAGUCGCUGAGCAACAUGAUUCAGGCAGACAAGAUAAAAGCUGGAAACUUGAGGAGUGAGCAUCAGUCCCAUCAGGAGGCCAUUGCUAAAAUCAAAUGGGAGUCCGAGAAGGAUAUCCGCAGGCUGAUGGAUGAGAUUAAAGCUAAAGAUCGAACAAUCUUUUCACUGGAGAAAGAGCUGGAGGUGCAGACUGGUUAUACGCAGAAGCUUCAGCUGCAGAAGGAUGCUCUGGAUGAACAACUGUUCUUGGUGAAGGAAGCAGAGUGCAACAUGGGCAUGAGCAGUCCUAAACGGGAAGUUCCAGGCAGUGCACGGGAUAACUCUGAUCACCCUGGCAGUCCGGAUUUGCGGAGAAACCAACGCAAGAUUGCAGACCUUAAUGCAACGAUUCGGAAGCUUGAAGAUAGAAACACACUGCUGGUAGAUGAAAGAAAUGAACUGCUGAAGCGAAUUCGUGAAGCUGAAAAACAAUAUAAACCUCUCCUGGAGAAGAACAAGUGCCUGUCUAAGAGAAAUGAUGAUUUGACUCUGUCUUUGCAACGCAUGGAAGAAAAACUCAAAGUGCUUACCAGAGAAAAUGCAGAAAUGAAAGAGAAGAUCGGCUCCCACUUGCCACUGAAAAAGUUGCGUUCCUUGAAUGAUCUUGACCAAGCUCAUGAGGAGCAAGAAGUUGAGUUUUUAAAGCUUCAGGUUCUUGAGCAGCAGAACAUCAUUGAUGAUUUGACUAGGGACCGUGAGAGGCUACUUCGACGCAGAAGACACAAGCGAAGUACAAAGCAUAUCAAGAGACACGUGGUAGAAACCUGUUUUGGGUUUGAUGAAGAAUCGAUGGAUUCAGAAACAUCUUCCUUGGCCUCCUACAGAACAGACAGGACACCAGCAACACCAGAAGAUGAUCUGAAUGAAAGUCUGGCAGCUGAAGAAUCUGAGCUUCGCUUCCGACAAUUAACAAGGGAAUAUCAAGCACUCCAAAGGGCUUAUGCAUUACUCCAGGAGCAGACUGGAGGAAUUCUGGAUGCAGAACGGGAAGCAAAGGCUCAUGAACAAUUACAAACAGAAGUCCUCAGGUAUAAAGCUAAAAUUGAUGACCUCGAAAAAGCCUUGGCUCAGAAAGGGCAGGAUUCAAAAUGGGUUGAAGAAAAGCAACUAUUUAUAAAAAGAAAUCAGGAACUUCUGGAAAAGAUGGAGAAAAUGGAUGGUGAAUUAAACCGGUUGCAACAAGAGGUUCAGGAUUCUCGGGAUCAGAACGAGUUGUUAGAAUUUCGCAUCCUGGAACUGGAGGAGAGGGAAAGGAGGUCUCCUGCCUUUAACCUCCAGAUCACACCUUUCUCAGAUGGUAUAAGUGCUCUUCAGAUCUAUUGCAUGCAAGAAGGUGUGAAGGAUGUGUCUAUCCAUGAACUCAUCAAACAGCUGGAUAUCCUGGGAGAUAAUGGGAAUCUCAGAAAUGAGGAGCAAGUGGCAAUUAUCCAGGCGAGCACUGUACUGUCUCUGGCUGAGAAGUGGCUGCAACAAAUUGAAGGUACGGAGGCUGCCCUUCAUCAGAAGAUGAUAGAUUUGGAGAUUGAGAUGGAUAUGUUUUGCAAACAAAAAGGCUACCUGGAGGAAGAGUUAGAUUACAGGAAGCAAGCCCUGGACCAAGCAUACAUGCAUAUCCAGGAGCUGGAGGCUACACUGUACAAUGCACUACAGCAAGACACCGUGAUUAAACUUGGAGAAUCACUAACAGAGAAGCAAAAGGAUGACCUGCGAACUGCAGUGGAGAAACUGAGACGUCAGAUGCUGAGAAAGAGCAGGGAGUAUGACUGCCAAAUCCUGCAGGAGCGAAUGGAACUGCUGCAGCAAGCGCAUCAGAGAAUACGAGACCUGGAGGACAAGACUGAUGUUCAGAAUCGGCAAAUCAAAGAUUUGGAAGAAAAGGGUACUGGAUGGUUAAAAUGCUUGGAAGUCAAUGAAGUGAUCAUGUUGAAUCAUCCUAAUGGAAGUGAAGAAAAGCAGAAAAGAUUAUGCCUGAGAUUGUCUGCCUACUUUGCCAGAACAAUUACCCGAGAUUUAUUUUGCUUGAUUCUCCCUGUUGAAGGAAGUCACAAGUCAUAAUACCUGUUGCAUUUAGCAACAACUGCUUUGCAAAUGAAGAGUAUUUUGAAGCAAAAUAAAACCACAUUAAUGGCAAAGAUACACAAAAAGAAGUGUCUUAGACAUGGAACCAAAGUGAAGAAAAUCAACUUAUCCCUGCUGUGCAGGGGAACAAUAAAAUAUCAGAACACCACUGUAUUCAGGACUAAAGGGUGAACACAUCGCAGAGAGAAUAACGUAUGAUUACAAAUUUGUAAUCAAAUUUGUCAGAGAGGAACUAACUAGUGGUGAUGUACAGACUGAAACCAUGCAGGGUUAAAGGACAUCACACAGAUUUACAGGGAUUCUAUGAAUUUCUUCAGCAAUGGUAACACUGAGGGCAUUUCUUGACCAAGGAAGACAUGAUAAGUUAGAAGAAAGAAACAAAUGAAGACGGGAUGAAACUUGGGGAUUAAAGAACUAAUAAGACCUCUGUGGGGAGGUUAAUUGUUCAUCUGGAGAAGCAUACCUGGGGCCCAGUUGAGCAGUUGUGGCAACAUUUUAUGUGAACUGUUGUGCAAGUUUACAAAGAUUCAACAGCUGUCCAUCUAGGUCCUUCCCUCAUAGCUGUGAAUAUAUUAACUCAUUCCUUACUAGUUGAAUGAAUCUGACCACUAUUAACAGGUGCCUUUCAUUAUCACACUGUGGAUUUAAUGUUAAGUUGACUUUUUCCCCUCUAAUUCUCUGAGGAAUAUAUGAUUUGAUUAGCUUUCUCCAUUAUCCUGGUGAAUGGAGAAGUAAAUGUCCAAUCUGGCAACCAGUAAAUUGUUCACAAUUGAUGGACAAUGGACUUGCAACUAAGCAAACAGUAGGUUUAGUGUUUUUGAGCUUCCUGUACUCACUCCAUUUAAAACAUGUGCAACUUGCUAAUGUCUUUCGCAUGGACUACAGAAUAACUUAAUGUCCCUUUUCGUCUGAAAUUUGGAGAUAUUCCAUUUCAGAAAGUGGAGUUCCUGUAUAGCUCCCACCCCUGUAUAACAGUACCAAGUUAGAAUGAUAAAAUCUUAAGAACAGACAUCUAACCAGAAUGGUAAAAGUAAAAUUUAAUUGAAAUACAAGUGAAUUAGGAAAUGAAAUGGGGCAAUUUGGUCAUCUGAUGUAAGAGAACAGUUAUGAAAGCAUAGAGGACAUGACUUGCAAAUAUGAAAGCCAGGCUUUUUAAGCUAGUCCUGAAUCCUAUUUUAAGAAAAGGCCAAGAAACCUACAUUGGUUACAAGCACUAAAGCAUGACAUCAACAGUAUUGAAUGAGGCAAAAGUGAUAGCAGUCAUCAAAUGACACUGUUGAAUCGCUUCGGUGUUGCCAUCCAAGGAUGAAUUGACUCUGGUCCUUUUUCUAGAUCUGCCUUACAUUUUUCUCUUUCAAAUUGAAAUCCGUUCCUUUGGAAUCGUAGAAAAGCGCAGCACAGAAGCAGACCCUUUUGGCCAUCUAGUCUGUGCUGAGCCAUUUAAACUGCCUACUCCCGUCGACCUGCACCAGGACCAUAGUCUUCCAUACCCCUACCAUCCAUGUACCUACCCAAACUUCUCUUAAAUAUUGAAAUCGAUCUCAAAUGCACCACUUGAACAGACAGCUCAUUCCACUCUCUCAACCCUCUGAAUGAAGAAGGUUACCCUUAAAAAAUUUCAUCUUUCACCCUUACCUCAUGAUCUCUAGUGUAGUCCCACCUAACAUCAGUGGAAAAAGCCUGCUUGCAUUUACCAUAUCUAUACUUCUCAUAAUUCCUUUUUCUAAUUUAAUUUCCUUGGUACUUUUUUUCAGUUUUAUCUUGCUCCACCUUUGUUCCAUAUGUGUCGGUAUUUUUAAAUCAUUUCAAGCCCUGUUAUCUGCUUGAGUUUAUGGUAGUAUUUAAAAACAGUUGUGUGGCCAUUAAAAUGAAUAACCUGAUAUAGGAUUGGUCUAGAAUGAUUCUGUGUGUAUGGUCAGACUCUCACGACUAUCUGGCAGGAAGCAACCAAUUACAAAGCUGUUGCAUUCUACUCCUAGUCAAUGUUACACUAUAUAAGUGUGCUUUUAGAGGAUUCUACCUGAGGCUAAAGGGCCGAAGAAAAGAACACUCAGGCCUGAAAAUGUACAUCAACAGAGUUGAGGAAGAUCUGUUGAAAGGUUUCCAUUCACCUUCAAAACAGCCUGAAUAACUAUGCAAUUCCAUACAUUGCCCUGAUUUGCCAUCUUUGUAGCUACACUGGAUCAUUCAUGCUGCAACAGUAACCCACUGUGAUGAGGUGAGGUUUGGCUCGUAGAAUGUGGCCAAAGGCUGAGACAACUUUGGCAGGGUUAGUACCUUGCUGUAAAAUCAUAGACAGUUACAAUGCAAGGGGGAGUUAUUCAUCCCGAUGUAUUGCUGCCAGCUGAUAAACAGCUACUUAGCCUAAUUCCUCCUCCUAGCAACUUAAUCCAUAGCCCUGCAGGUCACCUGCUCUUCACUUGUACAUUGUGGUACAGGUUAAAUAUAGUGAGGGGAUCUGCUUCUCUCUGUCACAGAGCUUCUGAUCAGUACUAACCUCAGGAUUAUAAUGUAGUUCAGGGGGUAGAGAUAGUCCAAUUGCUAAUAGCAUACUAAAAAGCACUGCAACAUCAGAGAACCUUGGAAAUGUGUUACAACCAAAAAGCUUUGGUCCUUGGUUUUCAUACACCUUCUGUUUCUCCUCCCACUGCAACAAAUAAAUAAAACAGGAUUAUGUUAUGAAAUUGAAUAAUGACUGCCUAAGCUCACCACAUUACUUGUACAGACCUGAAGUUCUCUGGACUUAACAUUUUCUUUCCUGAAUGCGGCAAGCAUUCAGAGAAACAUUAAAGUAGCUGUACAUUUUUAAUUUUCUUUAAAGAAUUUUAUUUAUUAGUUAUAAAAAUAUUAAGUGCAUGUAAAAUGUUAACAAGAUGAUUAGAGAUAACGUUUUAGGAACCCUAAGUAAGGUUUUUAAUUCUUAUGUUAUAUUGUUGGCCCAAUUCUGGCUCAGAAAAUUUAUCAGAUGAAUCUAAGAUUUCAGAGUCUGACCGUCUUUUCUCCACACAAACAGGCACUUCCAGUUAAGAAUGAGUUAAUACAUUCAGCAGGAGCUAGGUGAAUAAUGAAAACUUGAAAAUAUUAUUUUGCAGAAGUCAAUUAAGUAAUUAAAACAAUGGUUUGCAGAAACUCUACCAUAGAUCCUUUGAAUAAUAUCUGAGAGGAUCUGCAAGCAGAUGUAAUAAAAUGUAUUAAUGUGUAGAGGAAUAUUAAUGCCAUGUUAUGUUUAUGAACGGUUAUUUUUUUAAUUUAUUAUUGACACUAUUUAAACAAGUAUUUAGUUGGAGUUUGUAUAAAGAAAUAAAAACAUG